AUGGCACCUCUGCUUUCAGUGAAACGACACCCCGGCCCCGGACGACCGCCCAGGAACCCCCCUAAGCAGGAACCCAGCGAAGGGCCUCCGCUCAAGAAACGAAAGUAUGUUCCAGGAGGUCCUGGGGGGGGAGGAAGGUUCAUCGAAUACGAAGUGAAGGAGGUACAAUCUGCCAAAGCUGCGAAGCCCACGAAACCCGCGAAACCCGCGAAACCAACACCAGUGAGACGCACCUCUUCAGUCUCGCGCAGUCGAACUGCACGAGAAACACCGCGUGAAUCCGAACUGCAACCUGUCCAGCACCUUCCGCCGCCUUCUUCCGCCCCUGUACCGACAACACCUCCUUCUGCGCGAUUAAGACGGGAUAAAACUCAAAAUCGCGGUCGUUUUGGCUCGUCGACAUCGGCUGCGCUUGCGUUACAACAGGGAGAUGGCUACAAACCGCGUGAGGAGCGCGGUUGGGAAGAGUUCCAUCCGGAGUUGGAUAUUGACGCGAGAAUUGCAGUUUUCAGUGCGGAUGAAGUAGAUGGCCCACGUCCUUCAGCCGCGACUCCGCAUGCCCCUACCGCGAAUGGCGAACAGAUUCCCAUCCCCGAUCAUCUCCGUGCGAACGCCGAUAUUCCCUCUCCUACACCACCCAAGAGACGCCCUGGACGUCCCCCGCGCCGCCCUGAUGCUAUGCUUCAUGGCCUGGGUAACCCGAAUGAGCCUAAAGUAGUGCCGCCUCCAGGUCCCAAUCCCCGCGAGAGGUUGACUCUACCGAAGCCGUCCUUUCGGAUACGGGAUCCGUUUGUUUUUUACGAUCUACCGGGCGUCGGUCAAGCCAAUUAUGUCGACCGUACAAUGGCUAAUGUGGGAUACCAAGAGAGCGAUAUCUUCUUACGACACGAUCGCCAGUUGAUUCGAAUGAGCGAGGCGGCGCAGGAGGAUGAUCUGGAUGUGAUAAACCCGACUGGAGUUGAGGGUGAAGUCAAUGCAGCGGUUGGCAGAGUGGAGUACGAUAUGGAUGAACAAGACGAAAAAUGGCUGGAAGAGUACAACGCGAAACGGAGGCUGGACCAACUGGAACCUAUCAAACCGGCAGUUUUCGAAAUUACCAUGACAAAAAUCGAAAAGGAAUGGCAUGCGCUUGAGAAACGGAUACCGAAGCCUAAUCCCAAGCCACCCCAGACGCAUCGCCCUCGUUCUAGCUCAGCAGCCGCUGUUAAUGGAGAAACUACCGGGUCGGGAGAAGAACAGGACAGCAAAUGCGCUAUUUGUGAUGAUGGCGAUUGUGAGAAUUCUAAUGCCAUUGUGUUCUGUGACGGAUGCGAUUUGGCUGUGCACCAGGAGUGUUAUGGUGUGCCUUUCAUCCCAGAAGGCCAAUGGUUAUGCCGCAAGUGUCAACUGGUUGGAAGAGGAUCAGUCAACUGCAUUUUCUGUCCCAACACCGAGGGUGCUUUCAAACAAACCACGACGUCGAAAUGGUCUCAUCUUCUUUGCGCCAUCUGGAUUCCAGAGGUGUCCAUCGGCAACCCGUCCUUGAUGGAGCCUAUUACAGACAUUGAAAAGGUCCCCAGAAGUCGUUGGAAGCUCCAUUGCUACAUUUGUCGGCAGAGAAUGGGUGCGUCUAUCCAAUGCAGCAACAAACACUGUUUUGUUGCGUUCCAUGUUACAUGUGCACGCAGGGCUCAGCUCUACCUGAAGAUGAAGGCUGGCAAUGGAACUCCGGGACUUAUGGAUUCUCAUCUCCUCAAAGCCUUUUGUGACAAGCAUGUUCCUCCUGAAUGGCGAAGAGAACAUGGCACCGACGUUGCCACCGCGGAGGCCAUGGAGUACUAUCGGGAAACUAUGCAAGGUCGACGAUGGGGUGAUAGCCAGGCCGCUGCUCUUUCGUUGGAACCGACACAUCCCACUAACUGCGAUCACAUGCAUGACGACGGACAGAGAAGCGGGCCGCGACUAACUCUUACUGUUGGUGGCAACAAACGCAAGCGUCCCACCGUUCCAAGGACUGUCUGGAAACUACCAUCUGGAGCUCCGGUCAUACCGCAGGUUGUCCUCAACUCCGUUGUGGCCUCCCUUCAGCGAUUUGGUGUUCGGCAAAGAAAACAAUACGGCGAGGAUGCGUGCAAAUACUGGACACUCAAGCGGGAAGCAAGAAGAGGCGCAGCGCUUCUGAAGCGUCUGCAGUUAUCGCUGGAAACCUUCUCUUCGAUGGAAAUGACGCGCAGGGACUAUAUGGCUAUGGGGGUUGGUGGUGGCAAGCGGUUACAGCGGCGCAUCGAGUUCGGUGAGCGGCUUUCGCACGAUCUAGACCGGUUGCGCAUUCUAUGCGACGAGGUGAAGAAGCGGGAACGAGAGAAGUUGAAGGAUGCAGAGACCCUUCGUCACGUAGUGGAUACUGUUUACUUUCCUAUUUUCCCGUUGCUUUGGCCUAUCUUUGACAAGGCUGUGACUCUUGAUGGCAAGGGAAUUUUCCGACAGGGACUAUUAUCCAUCCGCAGAAAGUUGGAAGACCGCUCGUAUACCUCCAUUUCCAUCUUUUCAGCCGAACUUGCCAGCGUCUUUACCUCAGAGAUCGGCGUCCAGCCUGCCGGAGACACCGCUGAGCUUCAGAUGCAAAUUAGUGGCCGGGCGCCUGAGCUUAGCUUAGAGCAGCGUGAGAAGAGAAAGUUGGCUAAGCGAAUUAUUAAAGCGAUCCAGCCUGCCUUGGAGGAUGCGAUUAAGAAGGAGAGCGAGUUGAAUCGCAAACCGUUUGAGCAGGAACUGAAGGAGUUGGAUCAGAUUUUUGAGGAUAGUGUCCGGUCACGGAGGAAUUCUCUUGCUGAUUUGACGGAAUUGGCUGGCACCGUUGGCACGGAAGCUGUUGGUGAACUCGAGGGUCCUAAUGGCGCGGUGCAGGAGAUUGAGGGCGGCGAUGAGCCUGCGAAGGAAGAACCUCAGGAAGAACCGCAGGCCUCUGCAUUACCUGAUACCGAUGGUGACCAUGCUAUGGCCGAUGCAGAUGCAGCACAGCCACCUGAAUCCACCGCAUCUCAAGCCCAGGAUACAUCUGCGACAAAUGCAGCUAAGGAGCCUGAACCUGGGAUGGGAACCACGAACAUUCCACAGAAUGAUGAGGUCCGAGCACCUGUCAAUGGAGACGUCAAACAGCAUGCCAAUGCCAGUUCACAGUUCACAAAGAAAGCGCCUGAACCACAGGAAGGGCCUCCUACGCCUCCACUAAGCUCGCAAGAAGACCAACAACAUCCCUUGGCGCAAGGUGGAAUCCAAUGGUACAUGGAACCUUUCGAUCCACUGGGUACUACGAUCUACGAAGAGCGCUGGACAGGCCGAGACGUCAUGCGUGGAAUGAGCGAGGAGCUCAGUGAACUGGACGAGGAUGAAUUGAUGGAUUUGGUGGACGAUGGUCUCGAGGGAAAGACGCAGAAGAGCUCUGGUGCAGCCGAGGAUGCAGAUGGGUCUGGUGAAGAACCUGUCAAGGUCCAUCAAACCCGGAGGCGGUUACGGACAUCUAAGAAUUAG